AUGGAUCCCUGGGAGCUGUGCGUCCUGCCCUGGGGCGAGAGGGACGCUGUCGCUGUGGAGCGCAGCCACGAGGGCCCAGGGCGUUUUGCUCCUUGGGGCGUUUUCCUCCACCCUCAAACGCCGGUGCUGGGCGCCUGUCAGAACGCCGCACUGCUGAGCUGUGCAGGGGAAGAGAACUGGGUGGACAGCCGGACCGUCUACGUGGGACACAAGGAGCCCCCACCUGGCGCCGAGGCCUACAUCCCGCAGAGGUACCCGGACAACAGAAUCGUCUCCUCCAAGUACACAUUUUGGAACUUCAUACCCAAGAAUUUGUUUGAGCAGUUCAGAAGAAUAGCCAACUUUUAUUUCCUGAUCAUCUUCCUGGUCCAGCUGAUCAUUGACACGCCCACGAGCCCCGUGACCAGCGGGCUCCCACUGUUCUUCGUCAUCACCGUCACCGCCAUCAAGCAGGGUUAUGAAGACUGGCUUCGCCACAAAGCCGACAAUGCCAUGAACCAGUGCCCCGUCCACUUCAUCCAGCACGGCAAGCUUGUGCGGAAGCAGAGUCGGAAGCUGCGGGUCGGGGACAUCGUCAUGGUCAAGGAGGACGAGACCUUCCCCUGCGACCUGAUCUUCCUUUCCAGCAACCGGAGCGACGGGACGUGCCAUGUGACCACAGCCAGCUUGGACGGAGAGUCAAGCCACAAGACGCACUACGCCGUCCAGGACACCAAGGGCUUCCACACGGCAGAGGACAUCGACGGGCUGCAUGCCACCAUCGAGUGCGAGCAGCCCCAGCCUGACCUCUACAAGUUCGUGGGCCGCAUCAAUGUCUACAAUGACCUGAGUGAGCCCGUGGUGAGGCCUUUGGGAUCGGAGAGCCUGCUUCUCCGAGGAGCCACGCUGAAGAACACCGAGAUGAUCUUCGGUGUUGCCAUCUACACGGGCAUGGAAACCAAGAUGGCGCUGAACUACCAGUCCAAGUCCCAGAAGCGGUCCGCCGUGGAAAAGUCCAUGAACGUGUUCCUCAUCGUGUAUCUCUGCAUCCUCGUCAGCAAGGCUCUGAUCAACACGGUCCUCAAGUACGUGUGGCAGAGCGAGCCCUUCCGCGACGAGCCGUGGUACAACCGGAAGACCGAGUCGGAGAGGCAGAGGAACCUGUUCCUCAGGGCGUUCACCGACUUCCUGGCCUUCAUGGUGCUGUUCAACUACAUCAUCCCCGUGUCCAUGUACGUCACGGUCGAGAUGCAGAAGUUUCUGGGCUCGUACUUCAUCACCUGGGACCAGGACAUGCUCGACGAGGAGACGGGCGAGGGGCCUCUGGUCAACACGUCGGACCUCAACGAGGAGCUGGGGCAGGUAGAGUACAUCUUCACCGACAAGACGGGCACGCUUACCGAGAACAACAUGGAGUUCAAGGAAUGCUGCAUCGAGGGCCACGUCUACGUGCCCCACGCCGUCUGCAACGGGCAGGUGCUCCCCGACGCCUCGGGCAUCGACAUGAUCGACUCGUCGCCCGGCACCAGCGGGCGGGAGCGCGAGGAGCUGUUCUUCCGGGCCCUCUGUCUCUGCCACACCGUCCAGGUGAAGGACAGUGACGACUGCGUGGACGGCCCCAGGAAGUCGCCGGACUCGGGGAAGGCCUGCGUGUACAUCUCGUCCUCGCCCGACGAGGUGGCGCUGGUGGAGGGCGUCCAGAGGCUCGGUUUUACGUACCUGAGGCUGAAAGACAACUUCAUGGAGAUUCUGAACAGGGACAAUGACGUUGAAAGGUUUGAAUUGCUGGAAAUCCUGAGUUUUGACUCUGUAAGAAGGAGAAUGAGUGUCAUUGUAAAAGCUGCUACAGGAGAAAUUUACCUGUUUUGCAAAGGAGCAGAUUCUUCGAUAUUCCCCAGAGUCAUAGAAGGCAAAGUCGAUCAGAUCCGGUCCAGGGUGGAGCGCAAUGCCGUGGAGGGGCUCCGGACGCUGUGCGUGGCCUACAAGCGGCUGGGCCAGGAGGAGUAUGACAGCGUCUGCAGCCUGCUGCAGGCCGCCAAGGUAGCCCUGCAAGACCGAGAGAAGAAGCUGGCGGAGGCCUACGAGCACGUCGAGAGGGACCUUGUCCUGCUGGGAGCCACGGCUGUGGAGGACCGGCUCCAGGAGAAGGCGGCAGAUACCAUCGAGGCCCUGCAGAAGGCCGGGAUCAAGGUCUGGGUUCUCACCGGGGACAAGAUGGAGACGGCCGCAGCCACCUGCUACGCCUGCAGGCUCUUCCGGAGGGGCACGCAGCUGCUGGAACUGACCACCAAGAAGCUGGAGGAGCAGAGUCUGCACGACGUGCUGUUCGAACUGAGCAAGACCGUGCUGCACCACAGCGGCAGCCUCCCGCGGGACGGCCUCUCAGGGCUCUCGGCGGACACACAGGACUACGGCCUGAUCAUCGACGGGGCGGCGCUGUCUCUCAUCAUGAAGCCGCGGGAGGACGGCAGCUCCGGCAACUACCGCGAGCUCUUCCUGGAGGUCUGCCGCAACUGCAGCGCCGUGCUGUGCUGCCGCAUGGCGCCGCUGCAGAAGGCGCAGAUUGUGAAGUUGAUCAAGUUUUCAAAAGAGCACCCCAUCACGCUGGCGAUUGGUGACGGCGCCAACGACGUCAGCAUGAUCCUGGAAGCCCACGUGGGCAUAGGAGUCAUUGGGAAGGAAGGCCGGCAGGCAGCCAGGAACAGCGACUAUGCCAUCCCCAAGUUCAAGCACCUGAAGAAGAUGCUGCUGGUGCACGGGCACUUCUACUAUGUCCGGAUCUCAGAGCUCGUGCAGUACUUCUUCUACAAGAACGUCUGCUUUAUCUUCCCGCAGUUCUUGUACCAGUUCUUCUGCGGGUUCUCACAGCAGACGCUGUACGACACCGCCUACUUGACCCUCUACAACAUCAGCUUCACGUCCCUGCCCAUCCUGCUGUACAGCCUCAUGGAGCAGCAUGUGAGCGUGGACGCGCUCAAGCGGGACCCCACCCUGUACAGGGACAUCGCCAAGAACGCGCUGCUGCGCUGGCGGGUGUUCAUAUACUGGACGUUCUUGGGAGUGUUCGAUGCGCUGGUUUUCUUCUUCGGUGCUUAUUUCAUGUUUGAAAACACGACCGUGACCAGCAACGGACAGAUCAUGACCACCAACACCCACAUGGUAUUUGGGAACUGGACGUUCGGGACGCUGGUGUUCACUGUGAUGGUGUUUACGGUCACCCUCAAGCUGGCGUUGGACACGCACUACUGGACGUGGAUCAACCACUUUGUCAUCUGGGGGUCGCUGCUGUUUUACGUGGCCUUCUCCCUGCUCUGGGGCGGAAUCAUCUGGCGCCCCCUGGUGGCCAUGGGCGUGUCCCACGGUCCCCGGCCUGGAGACAGGGUGUUCCGGGGUCACGCAGCCGUGGCCACAUCUCGGCCGUUCCUCAACUACCAGAGGAUGUACUACGUGUUCAUCCAGAUGCUGUCCAGCGGGCCGGCCUGGCUGGCCAUCGUGCUGCUGGUGACCGUGAGCCUCCUCCCCGACGUGCUCAAGAAGGUGCUGUGCCGGCAGCUGUGGCCCACAGCCACCGAGCGGGUCCAGAGAGCCAGCCCGGCGCAUCUGGCCAACCCUCCAGAACGCCUUCCUGGGAGCGCUCUGGAGAUGCCCAUGCCCGCUCCACGCUGGCCACUGCACCGAUCCCGGCGUGCCAGGAGCCUGGCAGCCCUCGCCAGCCCAUGCCAGCCCCAGAGCCACUUCCAGCAGUCUGAGUUUCUGACGAAACAAGUGUCCGUGGGAGGCGUCCAGUCCCGGGCUGAGGACUCAGACCGCCCCCCUGCGUGCUGCCAGACAGGCCCGUCGGAGUGCCAGGCACAAGGCACCGGCCGGGGCCGCGCCGAGCGGAGACGGGCCACUGCUGAGGGACCCCUUGCCGCGGCCGAGGCACCGGACCGCCCCACCCCGCACAUCCGAGGAAGCCCGGCCAUCUCCAGCAGCCCGGCCUAUGUCACCAGUGACCGGGAAGAGGCAAGAGGGCUGCGGGGAUGGG